AAAUGAGUCAAUCGACUGCAAAAAACUUGAGAGAUUUGCUUAUAAAAUAAUAACUUAAUAGUAAAAUAAAAUUUAAAGGUGAACCGUUGAAUAAAAUUCAAUAAAAUAGAAAAUAAUCAUCAGGUAAUUGGGAUAAAAAAGUAGAUAUUACUUAAUGUUAUUGUAAUUAAAAGAAUUGUAAUAUUUGUAUAAAGAAGAGAGUUGUAAUAAAUGCAUCACCUUUGUUAAAAGUUAAGGUAAGUACAAAAAAUUAGGCAGGUGAACUUGAAAGUAAAAGAGAGAUUAAAGUAACAAGUUCAAUUUCAGCACAUCAAUCCCCUAAUCGUGAAAAACAAUAUUAGAUGCAAUAAAUGUUUUUACAAAAACAGAUUUAAAGCAAUUUAUAAUAAUUAUAAGAAUAACGUCCUUAGUCAAGAUAAGCACCUAAAGAGUAAGUAAAAAAACCAUAAUUUUAUCAUAAUAUGGAUAAUUUUAUGAAUAAUUACUAUUAAAAAAGCAAUUUGAGCAAUUCUUAGUUAUAUGAAAACAGUUACAAUGUAAAAUCAAAAGUAAUUUAAAAACGAGUAGAAUCUAAGAGUCAUGUAUUAAGUAAUACUUAAACAUCAUUUAAAUUGAAAUUGAAUUAAUAAGGGCCAAAAUUUUCAGCUGUAUCUUAAUUAAAUUUUAAUUAGAUAAUUAAUUCUGGAUUAAUUGAAUCGGCUCCAAACUCUCCAAAUAAUCAUGAAAAUUCAACAAAAAGCAAAAUAACUCCAAAUGACUCUAUUUCAAAAAGCAAAAUAAUUCCUAAUGAUUAAAUUUCAAAAAAUAAAAUAAAUUAGAAUGAUUAAAAAUCAAGUGAGAUUAGAAGAAAAUCAACAGGUGAGAUUUCUGAGAAAACUCAAAUUCUUAGUUUAAAGUUAGAGGAAUAAGUUAGUAGAAUGCAUUUUAAAUUUUUAUAUGUAAUAGGAAAAGGUGGAUUUGGAAGGGUUUGGAGAGUAGAAAUGAAGAAAAAUAAGAAAUUGUUUGCAUUAAAAGAAAUGUCAAAAGCAAAAGUAAUUUAAAAAAGAAGUGUAAAUUCAGUUUUAAAUGAGAAAUAUUUAUUAGAACAUUUGCAUCAUCCUUUUUUAGUUAAUAUGUGGUAUGCAUUUUAAGAUAGAGAGAAUUUAUUUUUGAUAAUUGAUUUAUUAACAGGUGGUGAUCUAAGAUUUCAUUUAGGGAAGAUGAGAAGAUUUAGUGAAGCAUAAACUAGUAAAGAUAAAUUAUUAAAAUAGAGUUUUUUGUAGCUUGUAUAUUAUUGGCUUUAACUUAUUUACAUUAAAAUGGAAUAAUUCAUAGAGAUUUAAAACCUGAAAAUUUAGUAUUAGAUGAGGAUGGAUAUAUGAGAUUAACUGACUUGGGUAUAGCUAGAAUGAAUAAAGGAAAUAAUGCUGGAGAUACAUCAGGAACACCUGGAUAUAUGGCACCAGAAGUUAUGUGUAGAAUGGAUCAUUCAGUUGUUACUGAUUAUUAUGCAUUAGGAGUUAUAACAUAUGAAUUAAUGCUUGGAAGAAGACCAUAUAAUGGUAGAACUAGAUAAGAUAUCAGAGAAUAAAUUCUAGCUAAGUAAGUUCAAGUAAAAAAGGAAGAAUUACCUUAAGGAUGGAGUGAAAGUUCUCUAGAUUUUGUUAAUUAGGUAUUAAAAUAAUUGAAUUAUAUUAUAGUUAAUAUUAAGAAAACCAGAAAGAAGAUUAGGGUGUAAUGGAAUUGAAGAAAUUUUACAUCAUUCUUGGUUGAAAGGGUAUCCUUGGGAUGAUUUAAUUAAAAAGAAAGUUUAAGCUCUUUAUGUUCCUGGGGUAUUUUUUAUUUUAUACAUAAUUCUAGGCGGUUGAUGAUAAUUUCGAUUUUCAAAAUUAGAUUUCAGAAGAAACAUAAUUAGAUGAUGAAUAAAUAUUAGAAAAUUAAGGACUUUUAAGAAGAAAUACUGUUUAAUGUAAAAAAUUUGUAGAAUGUAGCAUUAUUUGAUGGGUAUAAUUUUGAUGUUGAAUUAAAAAACAUUCAGCACUAAUAAACAUAAAAGAAUUAAUCUUAAAGAAAAUCAUAACCUGUUUCUCCAGAGAAAAGAGUGUGAAAUUGAAAAUUAUUAAUUAUAAAUCAU